CCUAAUUCAAUAAAUCACUCGCUUUUGAGAUAAAGUGAGGCGAGGCUAUUGGUGUUACCUGACCUGACAGGUUAGAUAGCCGCCCGGGUAGCCAGCCUCGUCACGGUCGUUGCGUCAUUGUGAACCCCAAAGAGCUAAGCUUUCGGGAGCGCUUACCCAAUUUGUGUCUUGACAGCCUCGCCCCUGACCUUCCUCUUCACACUGAAACGAUUCUCUCAACAUCCAGCUUGUUACACGAAAUACUAUAUGUGACAAUGAAGUGAUAAUUUGUAUAUGACCAUUCAGACGUUGGACAAUAAACCGACAGGUCACAUCUAAAUAAUGAGUGCCCUGAUUAUUUGUGCAAUAUUGUUAUUUUUGAGCGUUUUUAUUUUUUUCGGCCAGUCUCCAAAACUUAGACGUAAUGGAAAACCAUUGAGGAAACCUUUGGACACGUUGCCUUUCGCCGGCAACGUAUUCCGUUUCUUUCAGAACCGACAGGAGCUGUUCUCCUGGUUUACAAGUUGUGAGCGGUCAUUCGGCUUUGAGACAUUCCAGAUCUCAGUCCCAACCUUACCGCCAGGAGUGGUGAUUAAUGAUCCCAAAAAUCUGGACUUCGUAUUCAGAAAUGAGGCCACAUUCAGCAAAGGCGAAUUUUUCAAAUCCAGGUCCUCAGAUCUCUUUGGCCACGGAAUUAUCAACGCCGAUGGUGAGCUAUGGAAAGUUCAGCGCAAAGCCGGCCUUCAGUUCUUGAAUAAUGCGAAUCUCAAGGUACUCGCAGAGGUUGCUCUACCCCGUGACUUACAUACGACCGUCAGGGAACUCUACGACAUGGAUGUGAACAAGCCGGUUGACUUGGAGGCGGUGCUCUUAUCACUCACCACUAAAUUGAUGGGCCGUGUGGCGUACGACAUGGACAUGAGCUCAGCCGAAGACUUUUCACAGGCCUUUGAGUACGCAUCCAGUGCUACUGGCCGGCGGUUCCAGAAUCCGUUGUGGCGCGUGACCGAGCCCAUUAUCGCCCGCAAGCUCAAGAAAUCUCUUGCGACGGUAAAGAAGUUUGGUCAAGAUAUUGUGGCAAAUUCCGUGGAAAAGAGAAGCAAUAAAGACGAGAAAGCAGAUGGUAGGCUUGCUGGAAUAUCUGGAAGCCUGAUCAAUGCGCUUCUCGAUGCAAUCCCAGACCAUGAAGUAGUGGCCGAUGCCGCUCUCAACUACCUUUCCGCUGGCCGAGAUACGACUGCUCAAGGGCUCACAUGGGCCUUUUACACUCUAAUUCGACACCCGCAUGUUGUCUCUCUGAUUCGACGAGAAAUAGAAGCCGAGGGGGCUGAGGAUGCACUUACGGCGGAUCCCUGGGCAGAUGACUAUGAGAGCCUCCGCCCAAACUCUCUGCCGUACACAACGGCGGUGUUCUACGAAGUUCUCAGACUCUACCCACCCGUACCCUUCGAGAUGAAGCAAUGCCAAACAGACACAACACUCCCAGAUGGGACAUUCCUGCCAAAAUCUUCAAUUGUCCUUUGGUGUCCAUGGGCCAUAAAUAGGUCAGAACGUAUAUGGGGGGAGGACGCGGAGAAGUUUCUACCAGAGCGCUGGCUACAAGAUGGGAAACUAUUGAUGAAAAGCCAGUCUGAAUACCCAGUCUUCAAUGGAGGCGCGCGAGUUUGCUUGGGAAAGAAAAUGGCGGAGUCGAUAUCUGUGAUGGUGAUUGCGAAGCUGGUUUUGUUCUUUGACUUUGAGGAUUGCGAGGGAGGCUACAGGUUCAGUAGGAAUAGCCUUACGCUCCCUAUGAAAGGCGGGUUACCUGUUUGGGCUCGUGCUAGAAGAAGAGCAGCAGAUAUGUAAACAGGAUUGUAUUAUUUUUAUAUAUAGAUCAUAUUUUACUCAGGAACAAAGCCUCCACCCUCAUCUUCCGG